AUGUGCAGGAUAGCAACACGGACUGGUGAAGAACGUACCGUAACGCUAUAUGGUAACAGUACGUCAGCAAUUGUUUCUGGAUUACUUCCACUCACUCAGUAUUCAUUUAGUGUAUCGGCGGAAAAUGCAGCCGGAAUGAGUGAAUUCAGCCCGGCGAUAAUCUAUCGAACACUUGGUGAGGCUUUGAGGAGUGCUCCAAUCAUCGAAAGUAUCCGUAACACGAGUGAGGGUUGCAUAAACGUAACAUGGAAAGGACCGUUGAAUGCAGGUGAUUCGGUGACCGGAUAUCGAUUAAUGGCGCAUCGUGUAGGCACGGGUACGAUGAAUGAAUGGCACGUUAAGUCUAACGAGUACAUGUUAUGUGGAUUGUCGUUUAAUACAGCAUUUAUGCUGAGCAUAGAAGCAGAUAAUGGAUACGGAUAUUCGCCAAGUGCAACAAGUAUCUUCUACACUGAUCAAUCAGUUCCUGAUGGUCCACCCGAAGAUGUUGAAGCACAUACAAUUUCUUCAUCAAUCGUGACGUUGACCUGGAGCAUUCCACGUAAACCAAAUGGUGUCAUAAUUGCUUAUCAAAUUUACAUGAGGAGGAAAGAAGAUGCUCAAUUCCGAACGAUUCGUUUGAAAGUUCAUGGCGACGUACCAUCAAGAUAUGCAUACAAUAUCACUGAGCUCGGUACAAUUUGA